AUAUAAAUAUGGACUGCUAGUUGGCUCUUUUAGGUUGUAAGAAACAUCUACAGCGCCAUCAUCUCAUAUGCCUCGUGCCCACAGAACGCGGAAUCGCUUGCCGCGCGGCGGAAGUUGGCUCGGCAAGGAGAAAUGAUUUUUCUGGGGUUCACACAGCACGCGGUAUCAGUCCUAGUGUGUUCUAAUGCGCAUGUGUAAAUUGUGUCGGGUACUCGGGGGACCUUUGUAAUCUCGUGGAAUAUUGGACGCAGCUGGACGCAGCUACUAAACGAAGCCGCUCAGCUUAUUGUAACCCUGUAGCAUCUUUGGUUAAGAUAUAAGCUAUCGCGAGGAACAAUGUUACAUAUUUAUGUAUGUGGACUUCUUCCUGGUUGAGCAAUCUACCGGUUCCAAAACCAAGGGCAAGAUUUCACUGGUUGCCUUUCCAGUGACCAUUCAUGGAGGAUUACUUUGCGUUCAUUAAAGAAGCCUUGCACGAUGUCACAUUAAUUAAUAGGACUAUACAAAAUUAAUCUUGUGUCACACUUGUAUGAUCACGUUCUCAUUAUGACCUGUCAGUUCUGAAUUGACAAUUUAGAGAGUAUCACUUCGGUGUUAUUUUGGUUAUUUUGAAUAAUUUUAUCUAUCUUUUUUCUUCCCUAUUUUUGUUUAAUUUACUCAUUUUUUAUUUAUCUUUUUAUUUAAUUUACGUUUAUUUGUUUAGAAAAUGGAUACAGCUGUAUAUAGGACAAGACGUCGAGUGUUGUUGCUGGCUCUAUUAUAUAUAAGAAGAAAGAAAAAAAGAAAUAAGAAUGUAUCAAAUAGAAGAUUUUGGAUACAUCCAAUACUACGAUUAAAACAACAGCAAGGAGAUUGGAAUAAUCUGAUUCAUGAAAUGCGUUUACAAAAUGACAACAUGUACUUCAAUUACAUGAGGAUGCCACCCACAAUGUUUGAUUAUAUAUUAUCAAGAGUUGGGCCUCUUAUAACAAAACAAGAAACAAAUUGGAGAGUACCGAUUCCAGCAUGUGCAAGAUUGUCUAUGACUUUACGGUAUUUAGCAAGUGGAGAUUCACUUCAAUCUAAUGCAUGGAACUAUCGAAUCGGACGAAGCACAGCAUCAAGAAUAAUAAAAGAAACGUGUGAAGCAAUAUGGGAAUGUUUUCAUAAAGACCAAUUAUUUACUCCAACACAAGAUGGAUGGCGCGAAAUAGCUCAUGAAUUUCAAGAACACUGGAACUUUCCUAAUUGUAUUGGUGCUUUGGACGGAAAGCACGUUGAAAUAAUCUGUCCUGAACAUUCUGGAAGUGCAUACUUUAACUAUAAAUCAUUUUACAGUAUAAUUUUAUUAGCACUUGUUUCUGCUACUUAUAAAUUCUUAAUUGUGGAUAUUGGUGCGCAAGGUAGGCACAGUGAUGGGGGAAUUUUUAAAAAUUCUAUAAUGGGACAAAGAUUCUAUAACAAUACAAUGAAUUUGCCUGAACCCUCUCCUAUUAGCAACAGACAUACUGUACCAUAUGUUAUAGUAGUUGAUGAAGCUUUUCAACUACAAACGUUUACUAUGAGACCAUAUCCUUCGAAAAAUUUAAACAAAGAGCAACGAAUAUUUAACUAUAGACUAAGUAGAGCUCGACGAGUUGUGGAAAAUGCAUUCGGCAUAUUGACAAGUCGAUGGCGUAUUUAUCAGAAGCCAAUAAAUACUAGCCUUGAAACAGUUGAUGCCAUAAUCAAAGUGACAAUUUGUUUGCAUAAUCUUUUAAUGAAUGAAUCAUUUUAUUGUGUAGCUAGUUAUGCCGAUAGAACAUCUAUAAAUGGAGAAAUACUCGAAGGAGAUUGGAGAAGAACAAAUUUUAAUUGUUUUAAUGAUGCAAAUAAUACAAGUUUUGCCAGUAAUAAUUACACAAGACGUGCUAAUGAAAUUAGAAAUAUCUUCACUGAUUAUUUUAUGAAUGAGGGUCAGGUUCCUUGGCAAGAUGAAGUAAUAUUCAAAAAUUAAUGUACACAAAUUUUUUUGAAGUUCUAAAAGUUGUCACCAGCUUUGUUAAAAGGAUGUAGGAUUCGCUAUUGAAGUUCUCAAAAUUAUGCAAGGCCCUACAUUCAGAGUGAACGCAAUAAUGUUCGAUAAAUAAUGCAGCAGUAUGGUAUCAUGCGCAGACGAUAAAGUAUUAAAUAUAAUUAAAGUUCGAAUAAGUAUGAUAUGUUUACGUCUUACAAAUUUUUGGUACAUUAUGUUUUCUUAAAAAC